AUCUUUGACAAUUCUGUUGUGUAAAAAUUUUAUUUUUAUUUUUCUCUCAGAGUAAUAAAUCACUAUAUUCUAUUAACGGAAUUUUAUACACAAUUGUUAACAAUUGUUUGUAUUUAUCAAUUAAUUAUUAUGUUGAUAGAGACAUUUCAGCUUAUAUUGUACAUGUGGAAUCAGCUGAGUUGAAUGUUGUGCAUAUUGGUAUAUUUACUAGUGUGAUUUUGAUUUUUGCAUGAGACACUACAAUGGAAGAGGUGCUGGAGAGGCAAAAGCAUGCACUGUGCAGGCGACAAGACUGCCUGCGCAAGCGCCAGAACAUUCAGGACCAACUGGAGCAGCGUCUAGUGGAGACAGCGAGAGAGCUGCAGGCGCAGGAGGUGGAGUGGUCUGGCCACGAUUGGGUGCAUGCUGACAGCCACUAUGACAUAAGCAAUAUGUCCCCUUGCACGGCCCUGCGCCUCCAUGUGGCCACAGAGUGGCAAAACCGCCUGCUGGAUAUGCACUUCAGCCUGGAGCGGCGUGAGGCGGCGAUAGAAUCCCAUAGAUCACGAGCCGAUAAAGCUGAGCACAUAUUAGACGAGUGGGAGAAGCUGGUGGACGAGGAGCGACGUGCACUAAGAGGAGAGGUCUGCGAAGAUGCCUUGUUCAAUCUUGACCACUGCCUGGAGUCUAGGGAGCGGUUGAUGUGGCAGCGAGACCAGGUAUUAAAGGAGCUGGAAGCGAGUGUGAGAAGACGGCAGGCUAUUGCAGAGGCCAGGCAGAAUCGUCUGGAGCAGGAAGACCAGGAGGAGCCAGAGGAGGAUGUCUGGUUGCUGAAGUUGGAGAAGGGGUUGUUCGAGCAGGAGAAAGUCGCAAUGGAGCGUCAGAAAUCGUACAUUCUCCUGAGUGCAAGCCGUGCUAUACGCGAUACCACCUCUGAGAUCAGGCAACAAGCUUCCCCUGGCAGCGACCCUCCACAUUAACUUUCGCUGCUGUCGAAUGAAAUGUUCCCUAAUAAAUACAAUAAAUCCUCAGAUAUCAUCA